GGAGGGGAGGAGGAGGAGGCAGAGGAGGGAGCUGCCACGUCCUCUGCGCCGAGCGGCGCCAGCCCCCGCGCCUCACUCAGCCCCACGUGUGGCGGAGCGGGGAAGUUGCGGCGGGGAGCCCGGACUCUGCCCCUCUCUGGCCGCCCGUCCCUGCUCUCAGGAGGGCGCAGCUCCGACACUCCGAAAUCAUGACAGAUAGCGUCACUGAAACAUGAAGAUUUCAGUUUUAGCACUGCAAGUAUUGUCUUCAGCUACUCGCCAGCUCCGCCUCGUAACUUCUGCCUGGAAGCAGUGGGCAUGGUGACCCAGAGCAUCUGAUAGCGCAGGAGCCAAAGUUACCCGUAUCGCGGUGAGCUCUUCCCACACUCCUUCCUCACUCAGUUGCCUUUGUUUCAGUAGGGGGACAGCUCGUGCAAAUUAAAAGUUUAUUUUUUUGAGCAGAUAAUGGUUGUUUCUCCAUGUUAAUGGUCCCCCAGAGCUGCGCGUCAGGGCCAGAAGGAACUGUACUGCAACUGGAAUUAUUCGCUCCAUCGCGAGGCUGCUUUUGUGUUGCUGGAAGUGGGUUUGGGGGAGGAGGGAGGGAGGGUGUGAUGGGGAUUAAAGCGUUAUGUUAAUCUUCUGGGCAGGCCCGCUCUUUAGGGUUCAGCUGUUUCAGUCAAAUUGACAGAUCUCUGCUCUCUCCAUCUCCGUCACCCACACAAAGGGUUGCAUAGAACAUUUUGCUCCUUUGGAGCUCAUCAAAUAACAAAGGUUUUGAAACUUAUCAUUUUACACUUAGUGUUUUAGAAGUAGCAUGAUUGUGCUUGGAUGUGGUUGGGAAUAUAGCUGGACAGUAAGUGCUACGGUUGGAUAAAAACUGUUAGAAUCGUGCUUUUUUCUUUUUUUCUUUUUUUUUUUUUUUUUCCCCUCAGAGUCAGGUUUGCAGCAGCGUGAGGUGCCUGGUGUUGGACAAAAAACGCAGGAGCAGUUUUGGCUUGUGACUGCAGGAGCUGGGUGUUAGCAGGUCUGAGUUCUUCUGCAAGUCCCGCAGGGCACCCAGGUCGUCUGAAGGAAUGAAGGGAAGAUGCAAGGGUUUUCACUUUUCUCUUACACCUGUGAAAACCGAAGCACAAGAAAAACAAGUGGCGGAGCUGGACCUUGGCCUGGCUGGUCGGAGAGGCUGCGUGCAGACCCGAGGUCUCUGAAGACCCCAUCCAGAGCUCUGUGCACAUGUGUUGCUCUUCGGAAAGCUGUCCUGAGCUCCUGCUGAAAUACUUUUUAAAAUUCCUAUUUAGCUGCAUCUCUUAAGCUGGCCAAAUCACAUUAGAAAUUGGUGACCUUGCCGGUGUUGUCGUAGCAAUGGCCAGACCUGAGAGCUGCAGGAAAGCCAAUCCCCUGGCCAAAAUGUGGUAUUUCACCUCGAGGUGAAAUCAGCUGUGGAGUAAAUCUGUGCUCCAUGGGGUAGUCUAAAGCAAACCUUUCUUUUAUUAAAUUUUACCUGGGGCUUGUAUAACAAUGUCACACACAGUUCAAUCAUUAAAAAAAAAUAAAUCAUCUGUGUGGUUUCAGAGGCAGGAAAUAAAGUGGGGUCUAAGCAGCAGCUAGACGUUAACGAAGGCGGAACUGUGGUGCUGUUAUUUCUGCCAAGUUGCUGGCCACAGGCACCCUGUGGUGGCCAGUCCCCGUGUCACAUUUCCUUCAUCUCUGUCAGGAGCUGCCACCUCCUCGUGGUGGUGGCCUCUUUCCAUCUUUCCAUCCUUGGGGCUCUGCUCCUGUUCCAGCCUGUAGGGCACUGCAGUGCCCUGAAGUUGCAAGUCUGGUUACAGAAAAAAGGAAUAAGGCGAUAGGUUUGUGGGUUUGGGUUCUUCCUCUUGACUUACUUUUGGUUCUGAUGUAUUCUAGUGACUGGGAACUACUGGUUUUAGGGGCUUUUUGACGCUGCAGUAAGGCGAAGAGCAUUGUCUGCUUACAUAUCUUGUGUUCUUUUUCCCUCCCGUUGGCAAGCAAUUUGAAUACAGCGUGUCCUCCUGGUCUCCUGUUCUGUUGUUUGUUUGUUUGUAAUGGCUCAGUAACAUACGUGGCCCUAGGGGAAAAUUUAAAUCAUAAAAAUUAAUUCUUGUUGGGUUGUUUGUUUGAAUUUCAAGACGACUCGCCAUCCCAGAAAUGUUACAGUGUCGGGAGCAGGAUCCUGGGGCCAGGUUAAUCCAAAGUGGCUCACAAACGCUUGUAAUUCUGGAUUUGGAGAGAAAUUAUUCAGCUUAAUGUGGUUAAUACAUUCAUGCUGUAACAGCAGCGAUAAUAAGUUCCUCAGAUGUCUAGACGUGUGAUUACACUAAGAGCAGAUAAACGAAAUCUUUUGUGCAUGUUGCUUGUAGGAGGAGAUCCAGAAGUGCAGUACUCAGCGGGCACCCGCGCAGCCGGAGUCGGCUCUGCCUUUCCUGGCGCCCGGGAGCAGCCAUGUGAGGAGCUUCUACCUGCAGAUCGCUAAUGGCCAGGGUUAAUUUUACAACAAAAGGAGGCAGCGGAUUGCCAGAAAUUCAGGUUGGAAGAUUGUUGAUGUGUUUUGAAGGCUGUCAGUCCCCGUAGGUGUUACUACAGCCUCGCCCCUGCUUAACCACAUUUGAGUUGCCUUAAGGUGUUGCCAGAUGCUUCAGCAUCGGUGUGAGUAACUUCAGCAAGCCUACUGAUUUGUGCUCUUAGGCGUUGAGGUUAGCUCUGCAAACCAGUUCAGAGCAAUUUAACCCAGAAAUUAGAAUGAAGAACAUUUUUACAUGUAAAAAGCAGUUUGGAUGAUGGGCAGAGAGGAGCGUAAUCGCACUGGCUAGACUUUGAGCCAGGACAGGAAAGUUGUGAGUUGUUAUUACGCUGAAGAACAACAUUUUAAGGUAUGUCCUCACUGGCUUGAACUUUCCAUGUUUUGUUCUGCUUGAAACCUUAGUUUUUCAGGGUCAAGUUGGAGCACUGCAGUGUCAGAGAGAAGAGGCAGCCUCUGAAAUGGAUGUUCCAAACAGCUACACCCUGUCACUGCUUGCCAUUCAUAAAAGGAAGGUGAAGUUAAAGACAGGCUGUUGUGGACUGCAGAUGUUCCACUUCUACUGGACUCUGUUAAUCUUUUCUGUUGGUAUUCCUGCAAAUGUCCCAGCUGGAGGAGUCACUGACCAGCAAAAGCAGUAGCUGACCCAGUUUGGUGUUCAUUUCCAGCAUCGGAGGUGCUUGGGCUGGGUUGAGCAGUUCCUAGAAAUGGGAGGCAGCCUCAGGGGGAUGCAUACAGCGUGUGACAGCACUUGGAGUAGAAAGAAGACUCUCAGCUUCUGUUUGAGGAGAAAAGGCAAGUUUCCAGCUCUCCUGCAGAGUGAGUACGCUGGUCACUGAGCUUGGAAAUGAGUUUGCACAAGACUGGAGUACACCGAAGCCAUCGCUUUCUCAUCACCCUUCUGAGAGCAGCUUGAUCUGAGACACAGGCAGUGCUAACUAGAUUAUUAAUUACAGGCAUCCUGAUGCUAUAUUAUCUCCUUCCACUCCUUGUCCAAGUUUGGCCUUUCCAGUGGGCAAGCGGGACAAUUAGUGGCCAGUGAAGCCCAUGUGUGGCUAGUGAGAGGCCUGGAAGUGGAUAAGGACGGCUGCGGCCCUUACUCUGCUUGCACAACACGGGCCACAAAAUUUUGUCUUAUGCAGCUGAACAUCAGUUUUUAAGCACUGCUCUGCACCAGCAGGAAUACACCUGCACGUACAUGUACAAUGUCCUGGACCUUUCCUGUGGGUGAAUUCUCCUGCAGAAACCACACAGGCUUCUAGAGGCAGCAGGAGCCUGGCAGCAGCUUGCAGAGCCUGGCUGAUUCAUUUCUGUGGUUUAGGUAGGAUGAACCCCGAGGCUCAUCUGGCUAAAAACUGUAGGCUGGUUUCUGCACAAGGCCAUCUCUGCUGGUAGCAAAGCCAAGUAGCCCGGUCUACUGGAAGCGUGUUUGAAGAUCGAUGCCAGAUUCCCAAACUGGAGAGCAUCAGCUUGCGACUCAAGUGGUGCUGACAUUUGCAGGAAGGCUUUAUGUUCCAAGCCAUCAGAUGCUAGCUAGUGUAUGUAAUUAACUUGGUAUCAUUUUGCUUCACAAUGAAAUAUUCAAAAGAGACUUGAUGUUUCUAAUGUCUGGGUAGCAAGUGAUGCUGUGUAGAGCAAGGCAUACGUUUAUUGUUUGAGAGCUUGGUUUCAUGGCAACUCCUGUUUGUUACUAUGUUACGCAGAAAGUCCCAAAGGAUUUCACUGUCCAUCACUUCUUAGGUCUUGUGAGUAAUCCAGACACAAAACCCACUGACAUGCACUAACAGUAGAGACAGAAAACAAUAUGAAAAUACGUGAAACGCAUCUCUAGUUAUCCCAGGGGAUAAACGUAAAGCUCUGUUUUGCAUAGUAGUUUCUCCAGAGUUCGGUAACAAAGCUUGUGACCAGAGUAGGAGGAAAAUGGAAACUGGAGGAGAAAAACAGAGAUUUGUUUUUCCCCAGAGGAAAUCUAAGAAUAAGUUGGAGAAGUGAUUAACAAAACAACAACAACAACAAAAAAACCAGCUUCCCCCCAAAACACAGUUUGCAGAAGUUGCAAUACCAAAGACUUUCUCCUGAGUCAAUAAGAGAGAUGAGGAUUUGACGAAAGGAACAGGUAACGUUUAGAAAUCAGGUAGUCCUAUUUGAUUAAACAGACUGGAACAGGGUGUGGUGUAUUUGCUCCAUCCCUUUCCUAUUUGCCUCCUUGCUGUGAAGUUCACUGACCGCUUCUGGUCUCUAAAUACGUUCUGCAUUUCAACUCUAGUGCUGCAGCUGGCGGAAGGAAGACUUUCUAAGACUUGAACUUUGUCUCCUCUUUUGAGAAUCACCCCAGCCACCCAAAUUUCCCUUUUAUGCUUUAUCAACACUGACGGGAACUGUUUGCCUUGGAAGCCAGGUUGAAUUUACGGAGUUUAAGAUCAGAAGAAGCUGGCAAGGCGUGCACGUGGGAUGCUGAAGGAGCAACCCCAGCUGCCCAUGGGUCCUUCACACUGGGCUUGUUCCUCUGGAUGGCACCCAGGGAGGACCUCGUACAGACAGACAGACAGACAUACAGACCUGCUGGUUUGCUGGUGGGUUCCCAACGCCACAGGAUUGUUCUGCUAGUCUGGUCGCCUCCGUGGCUUUGGGUUGGUGGAGUUGUUCCGCAUUGUACCCGAAUGAUGACCUGAUGAUGAAACAUCUCGCCAACCUAACCGACUGGAUGAGAUUCACAACAGGCAGCUUGCUGUUAGGAGAAGGGAUGAAAGAAAGGAUGAAAGCCCUUCUGCAGCUGCACCUAGCUGAUAGGCAGUCAUAAGACAACUUGUAAUGUUGACCAAGAUGACGCAUCGAGAAGAAAUCGUGCCCGUGGUGAACUGCGAGCGCGUUGCAGCUUUGCUUGUUGCCGUGUGCUCACCACCUGCAGCAGCACGCUAACAUCGGGUUUAUAUUGCGAUAGAAAAAAAGAGAGAAAGGAAAGAGGCAGUUGCAGUCACCCACUAAUUUCUUCAAAAGUUUAAUUCCCGUUUGUUGCACAGCCAUCCGUUUGAAGGAGACGGAAUAUUUCAGCCCCUUGCUUCGAGAGACCUUGGCCCGUCUUCUGCAGCUCAACUCCCCUCACUCCUCCGCUUUGGCAACCAAAAGAUCCUCAGGGGAAAAUGAGGCAGCUAAGAGGAAAGCCCAAAAAAGAGACCUCCAAAGACAAAAAGGAGAGGAAACAGGCGAUGCAAGAGGCCCGGCAACAGAUCACCACUGUAGUGCUUCCCACGCUGGCCAUCGUAGUACUGCUGAUUGUGGUGUUUGUUUAUGUAGCAACUCGUCCAAAUACGACUGAAUGAUGCGGCGCUUCGGACUUUCUACCUUUGGGGUAUUAAUGCUUUUAUCAAGAGCCAAAAGAAACUCUCUGCCACUCCUGAUACUUUACAAAAGAACUUGCUGGUGUCUUCGGUCUUUUCUCUUGGUUAGGGUUCCACAGCUUCUCUUUAGGAAUGUAACAUAAAACGUAUUUGUGAAUGUGCCAGUACGUUUUAUGGUCCAGUUCAUGUGCCUUUCAGACUUUUAAAAUGGUGUUUUUCUGAAAUCUGUUUGAAGUUCUAUAUUGUAAAAGGAAAUUCUGUUCUGCUAUAAAUUUGUAAAAAAAUCAGCUUUCAGCUUUUAUCACUGUUAUGGAAAAUGUUGCUCCCAUGAGCUCCUGUCUGUCUAUUUCAGAACUUCCAAAGAAGUACAUUUCUUCUUUGUACUUAAUGUCAUAUGAAAUGCUUUGAUUCAGAAAGGAUAUAUUUAUUUUUUGAAUAAAAGAGAGAAGUCUUACUUGGAAUGUUAUUUUGCAAAAAAAAAAUGUGGCUUAAUUGUGAAAGCCUAUACUGUGUAAUAAUUUUUUCAUUAAACACUAUAUAGUUCACUCAAAAAAAA